CUAUGGCUACCCCCCAGCAGAGACAGGGACGAGGGCAAGCUAAGCCCGUGCAGAUGCCUACAAAUGGGACGAAGAUCCCAUUAGAGCUAGAUGAGUAUGGUGGUUUGCCACAACAAGUCAGACGAUAGAUUGUGGUCCAGUUGCGGGAGAAUCUCCCAGAUGCUUACACAUCGUGGGGACAGGUCCUUCGUGAGCAUCGAGACAUGUAUUGGAAUAUAUUCAGUCAAACAUAUGAAUGGGAUCUUGCGAUUGAUAAGAUUGUAAACGAUUUAUGGAAUGUGACAACAAGGAUCAAGUUCAAGCAUGAACUUAGUGAGUUGAAAGCUAAGUGUGCAAAGAGAAACUUUCAAGUUAAGCCUCCAGAUAUGAAUCCAGAGUUAUGGGUGAGACUUGUUUAUUUAUGGACUGAGGAUGAAAUCAACAUGAAUUUUGACAAGUUCAAAAUGCCUACAACUAGGAAAAUUGUGUUUGGAAACUCUGUCAAUCCUACUGAAAAAAUUCAUCUUCAUCACUUUAGUGUUGAUACCAGCCACAUGAGAAAAGCAAUGAAUUCCGAUGAAGAAUACUUGCCUUAUGGUCACUUACUUACCAAAUUCUUUGAAAAAUGGGGUAUUUAUCUUUCAAAGGAACAAUCUGAAGAAAUCACUGAAGAUGAAACUCUGAUAGAAACUGCACUAAAAAGAAUGAAAUUUGAAAAGAAAGAUGGUACUCAGGUAAGAAUCAAUAAUCCACCAGAAGUUGAAGGUCCAUUGGGUAAAGUCUUAGACAACAUUGAUCUUUUGAGUAUCCAAAUUGAAGCAGAACUCAACUCUAAAUUUGCUGCCUUUGAAGAAAAAAAUGAAUAAUCAUUUUUCUAUGCUUGAAUCCUCCCUAAACAAAAAACUAACUCAACUAGAAAAAUCUGUGGCAGCACUGACAAAAUCCAACAAGAGGAAAUGUUCAUCGUAGUCACCCAGAUGCAAGAGUUGGUUUAUUUUGGUUUCAAUUUGCAAUGUUUAGCAUGAUUUGGGUAUUUUGUACUCUUAUAUUGUCUGCUUUUUGUGUACUGCUUAUUUGUAUGUUUGAACCCUCUGUUAUGCUUUGUGCUAACUUUCUUUUUCCUAAUGACAAAAAGGGGGAGAAGAACUUAAAUGAAAAUUAUCUUUAUUA